AUAUAUAUAUAUAUAUAUCGCGUGUCUUAUUUUAUUUUUGUAUAUAUAUAUGUACUGGAACCAAAAUACAGCCAAAAAGUCCAUUAUUUCUGAGAUAAUCUUAUCAAGCCUUUCAACACCAUAUAUACAUUUUUAAUUGUUUGUCUUAUUUAUUUAUUUUUCAUUCAAAUAAUUUCAAAAUUUUAUUUUCUCACAAUAUUAUCAUGAUAGUUUGUUGCUGAAUUUGUCAGGUUUCUAAAGGUGGACCCAAUGAUUGAUAAAUAAUAAUUUGUGUACAAUUUAGUAAUUAAUAUAUAUAAAAAAAAAUUAUGGAGAAAAAAGAAAAAAAAACAGGUAUAUAUAUAUAUAUAUUCACACAUAAACAUCUAUAUUUUUCCUAUGUUCUUUUUGAUCCUAUGCUUUUUAUUUUCACUAUGUUGUCUCACUUUGAACAUGAAAUAUUAUUGCAGCCUACAAUUUUUCCAAGUUUAUUAAAUGAUGAUAAUUAUAACUACUCUCUUGAUGAUGAUUCUUAUAAUUAUGAACAUCAACAAAUGGUUAAUAUUGAUGAAGAAAAGGCCUUGAUGGUGUCACAAAAAGAAGAGGAAAUUAAUGUGACAUUUGUUGGUGAAAAUAGCAAAGGAAAUGAAAGCAAGAAGAAGAGAAAAAGAACAAAAAUAAGAAUGAAGAGUAGUGAGGAAGUUGAGAAUCAAAGAAUGACACAUAUUGAAGUUGAGAGGAAUAGAAGAAAACAAAUGAAUGAACAUCUUCAUGUGUUGAGGUCUCUCAUGCCAAGUUCAUAUGUACAAAGGGGUGAUCAAGCUUCAAUUGUUGGUGGAGCAAUAGAAUUUGUAAGAGAAUUGGAACAACUUUUACAAUGUCUUGAAUCACAAAAAAGAAGAAAACUCUAUGGAGAUAAUCAUCAAGAUUCAUCAUUAUUAAUGGAAAUUCAAAAUCCAUCUAAUAAUUUAGUAUAUGCUCCAAAUAACAAUGAAAUUGGGAUUAUUCAAGAAGAUAUAGCUGAGAUUAAGUCAUGUUUGGCUGAUGUUGAAGUGAAAAUUAUUGGUAUUGAUAAUGCUAUGAUAAAGAUUUUAUCAAAAAGAAGGCCAGGGCAACUCAUUAACACUAUUUCUGCAUUACAAGAUUUGCAACUUAACAUUAUUCAUACAAAUGUUACAACAAUUGAACAGACUGUUUUGUAUACUUUCAAUGUUAAGAUUUGUGGUGAAACAAGGUUUUCAGCUGAUAAUAUAGCAAAUUUGGUGCAGCAAAUAUUCAGUUUUUUUUCAUGCAAAUAGUGCAAUAUGAAGUAAAAUUAGUGGAAGCCAGCUGCCUUAAUUUAUCAGUAUUUGUAUACUUAUAGUAUAUAGUAAUUAAAUCUUGUUUAAUUUUGGAGUUGAUAUCUUAGUAAUUAUUCCUUACAUAUAGUAUAUUUUUAUUGACCAUUCAAAUAAAAAAAAUUCAAAUUCAAA